AUGAAUCGGUCCGUAAACUUCGCCGGUCUCUUUGCCACGACAGUUGCCAUUUUUCUCAUAACCAGCUAUAAAAGCAUUUCCCCCGAUACUGGCGUCCAGAGGCUGGACACGUUGGCCCUACUAGCACAAGCGGUGCUUACGUCCAAUGCGACAACGAUGUCAGCGAUCGAUGUCGAGCCAUUCCGCCCAACCCCAACUGCAAUAGCCGUCAGCGCACUCUGGUCUCUGUCGGUGGUGUUCUCGCUGUUAUCCGCUUUGCUGGCGAUGAUGACUCAGGAUUGGCUCAGUGGCUCGAUGGGGAUGGACACGCCACCCAUGGCCGAGUCCCUUGAACGAUACGCGCUGAACUGCCUCCAGUCGUACGCGGCUAUUACACACUAUGGCGUGGACCAGCUCGCGACGUGCGUCAUCGGGCUUAUGCAUUCGGCUGUGGUUCUCUUUCUCGUGGGGCUAUCUCUCUUUCUAGCCCCCCUCCACUGCAUUCCCGCAAUCCUUGUCGCCGCAUUCUCCGCUGUCGCAGCCGUUCUCUACGUCGUUGCCAGCGUCAUUCCUUUGUUCGACCCCAAGUGCCCUUACCGCACGCCGCUAAGCCUCAUCUUAUUCGGCGUGUUUUACGGCACUGUCACAUUCGUAGCAUGCGUCAUGCUAUACUUCAUAAAUGUGGUGGACGCGGUGGGAAGCUGGAUCGCCAACAAGAAGGUCGCUUUUCGAGACCUGGACCCCCGCGAGGUCAUAGCAUUCUUGGGAGAUCCCGUGCUAUCGGCUCGGGUCCUACGUCCCCUCUUGGGUGGCAUCAUGAGCCAUAAAUCCAGCGAAGAGCUUGGUUUCAUCGUCGAUCACGCCCUUGAUCUACCGUAUGGUGGAAAGCUUGUAGCCGGACGAGAACUAUCGUAUCUGUCGGCGCGAGCGCGAGCGCAGAUGGUGAAAUCACCGGGCACCCUACGGUACUUCGCUCGCUGUCUCCUCAGUAUGGAGCAGGACGGCGUGUCGGAUUUCUUCGUCAAUCUUCGGAACAGCAAGGCCAUCAUGAUCAAGCUCGCGCGUGUCUUUGACCGCGUCAACUCCGUCGACGCCGCAGUGGGUUCCAUCCGGUUCUUGCAGAUGCUCGUGUCCGCAGAAAACUCGGCGGACAACCUCUCCCAAAGCCACACCAACCAAGACGCACGAUGGAAAUAUAUGCCUUUCAUCGUCAGCGUAUUCCCGAGCUUUGCGGAGCAAGUAGGCGAGCGAGGCGCCGAAGCCUUACUCAAAGGAGAUACCACCCUGCACACGGCGGUGGCAAGUCUCCGCUGGACCCUGAUUGGGGAGUUGGGGCAGAUACAAGGCUGCCCUUGCACGCCGGACCAUGCAGGCUUCCAAGCUAGGCUGAAUGUGCAUUCUCUUCUCACCGCGCUCGACGCCGUCAGCAACCUCCGCCUGCUCAAGGCGUCCGUGGACGAUCAUGAGGAUAUAGGCAGUCUACUCCAAGACUGCUCAUCUGACCCUCGACCAGAGCUCGCGUAUCGCAACGCAUUGACGCUUUUGGACGCCGUUCACCGGUGCAAUUGGCGCGCUGGCGACUGGGAGAGGCCUGACGCGCGUUACAUGCCCAGAGGCAGACUGGGCAUGUGGGAGUGGCGCAAGCUGUUCGAAGUUCAAGCACGAGGAGUGGCCUCAGAGUGCAUGACCUCUCUGUUCGACGCGGAGUGCGUGAAGGCGACUGCGGAUGCAAAGCCAGGCUCGGCCAUCCUCGGUACACUCGGAUUAGGCACUGUGGCAGGGCAGGCUCUGCGCGACCUACGCAGCACUGUGAAUUUUGAAGGCGCCAACAGGACGAAGAGCAGCAACGGCAGUGCAGUUCG